AUGGCUGUCCACGUCGACCUCUCCCAGAGGGACAUGAACGUCCUCGAAAAGAUGCGCGACCCCGACUUCAACCCGGAAGCUAGCCUCGUGCUCGACGAGCGACUGCCGCGCGACCCGCACCUGACCGACCCGGACCUUUACGACGAGGUGUCAGCCCGCGAGCGCGCCAUCAUCCAGUCCCUGCAGGCGCUCGAGACGGAGCUCGCGCAGACGCAGGCCCCCGACAGCGACGAGCGCGCCGUCGCCGGCUACCGCUCCGCCAUCACACAGCUCAGCGCCCUCAUAGCCGCGCACCCGCAGUACGCCAGCGCCCGCAACAACCGCGCGCAGGCCACGCGCCGCCUCUACGGCGACCUGAUGUUGCUCGGCGUCACCACAUCCGCCAGCAGCAGUGCCGCCUCGAUGCCGCUGCUGCCCGCGCCCGACCGCGCCGAGAAGCGCGCGGCGGCCGCGCUCGCACUCGAGGACCUCGACGCCUCGGUCGCGCUGCUCACGCCCGAGCGGCUCGCGACGCCCAUGGCCCCGACGGCGGCGCGCACGCUGUCGAGCGCGCUGACGCAGCGCGGCGCCGUCUACCUGCAGACGGGCAAGAUGCUGGCCGCGGACCACCACCGCACGCUCGACGUCGACCCCGGCCGUCGCGAGAGCGCGUGGUCGGCGCAUAACUUCCAAGAGGCCGCGUCGCACGACCUCGCGCUGGGUGGCCGCUACGGCAAUGAAAUAGCAAAGAACCUCGCCGUGAGCGUCAAUCCGACCGCGAAGCUGUGCGGCCAGAUUGUCCGCGAGGCGAUGCGCAAGGAGUAUGGGCCUGGCUUCAUGGGACCCGAGGCUGAGGAGUAG